CAACAGUUGUUGCCAUUUGUGCCAGCUUUUUUGAAACAUGUUGCAGGCAGCGAAAUCCAAAUGAGCUAAAAUAUUGGAACGUUAAAUAUCUUGUCUUUUGCAGUCAAUUCAAUUGAAUAUUAAAGCUGCAAGCAGCGUUGGUCGGGUCCGCCUUUGGCUGCUGCCCCCGAGACCCACGGCCGGAUAAGCGUUAGAAGACGCCUUGGAGCCACUAUUUUGAGAAUCUAAUGCAUUGUGAAAGUAAUGCAGUUGUUGUAUUGAAGUGAAAAUAUCAAACUUCCUGUUGAUUUUUGCUAAAGUAUGUUAAUUAUUAAAAUGUAGGUCUAAGUGAGACCUACAUAGUGUUUUUUGUUUCAUGUCUCUCUGACAUUCCUACCGGAAGUUACAAGCAGUUUUGUCUGUGUUUUCUUCCUAGGAACAGUUUGUCCGUGUUGUACUCCUAGGGGGGCGGUAGAGCGCAAUUUUGAGUUUUGAGGUUAGGUUUUUUCAUCAGAUCGCAAUUUUUGCCAGUCCUGAUGUGUGUGUCAAGUUUGGUGAGUUUAGAAGCAUUUUAAGGGGGUCAAAUAACAGCUCAAAGAGGCAAAAAUGACAUUUUUUAGGAGAUUUAGCACAGGGGUUCUUUGAAGGCGUGUAAAAUCAAAACCUGAGAACUUAUCAAAACUCUGUUCUAUACUUUUAAUCAGAAGGGUUCCAAUCUCUCUCCUGUGCGAGUUUGAAGCCAAAACAACAAACGCACUGAGAGGAGAUAAUUUUUGAAGAAAGGUGACCGGUUUUUACAAAACUUUUGUUUUGAAGGGGGGAUUGCAAACUUCCUGUUGAUUUUUGUUGGGGGUUGUCAAUCUAUGAAAUGUAGGUCUAAGCGAGACCUACAUAGAUGUUUUUGUUUCAUGUCUCUCCGACAUUCUUACCGGAAGUUACAAGCAAUUUUGUCUGUGUUUUCUUCCUAGGAGCAGUUUUUUCAGUGUUUUAUUCAAAAAUAGCGCUAUAGCGCAAUUUUGAGUUUUGGGUUUUUUUUUUUUUUUCAUUAAAUCGCAAUAUUCGCCAGUCCUUAUGUGCGCGCCAAGUUUGGUGACUUUUGAAGCAUUUUAAAGGGGUCAAAUUACAGCGCAAAGAGGUAAAAAUAGCAUUUUUUGCGAAAACAUUUUUUUGAAGGGGUUUUUGCCAACUUCCUGUAGAUUUUUGCUGAAAGUAGUGAGUUUAUGAAAAUUGGGUCUAAGUCAGACCUACAUAGGAGUUUUUGUUGCAUUUCGCUAUGACAUUCCUAACAGAAGUUACAUGCAGUUUUGUCUGUAAUUUUUUCCUAGGGGGCGUUAGAGCGCAAUUUUCAUUUUGGGGGAUUGGUUGCUUAAUAUGUUGGGAAGGUUUGCUAUACCGACGUGUGUGUCAAAUUUGGUGAGUUUUGAAGCAUGUUAAGGGGGUCAAAUUACAGCGCGUAGGUGCGGAAUAAGAAUGAAACACAGCAGUUUCAAUAGGGUCCUUGGCCCAUGGCAAAGGACUCCACAGGAGUCCUUUGCCAUGGGCCUGCGGACCCUAAUAAGUGGAAAUGGAUUUGCAAAUCAUUGUAUUCUGGUUUUUAUUUACCAUUUACACAACGUGACGACUUCACUGGUUUUGGGGUUUUUUUGUAGUUCACAAGACAAUAAUACUUCCGUAUCAGUUCACCUAAGUUCGCGGGGACGUGCACCAGCUCCCCAGCUGUGACCCUGCAGGAUGAGAGUUUGAGUCUGUGUGUGUGUGUGCGUAUAAGAGUGUGUGUGUGUGUGUGUGUGUGUGUGUGUGUGUGUGUGUGUGUGUGUGUGUGUGUGUGUGUGUGUGUGUGUGUGUGUCCCUCACAGUGAUUCAAGCGAGUGGGUGGCAGCAGCAACUGGUCUGCCUGUGUGGCUGUGCAGAGCAGACAUGCUUCUCACUGCUAGAUAUUACUCAUUUCCUCAGCCCUUUGCACACACACACACACACGCAAACACACACACACACACACACACGCACACACACUCUUGACACACUCACUUACGUACACGACAGACGAAUAGCAGGCUUUCAGUUGGGUUUUCUAUUCUUUCACACACAGAUAUAACAGUCUGGCGCUGACCGAGUAGCGCAGUACGGAGCCGAGGAGACCGUAGACCCGUCUGGGACAGGACGAGGUGGUCCGGGGGACAGGACACGGGACGUCUGCCGAGCCAUCGCUAAGGUGAGUGCAGCUUCAGUCCGGAUAGAUCCCCAAAGAUCUGGCAGUGAUGCUGUGUCGUAGCCGGCCCUUCUGUCUGUGCCCCUCGAUCUCCCAAGAGGCCCAUGUGACCUAGCCUACACCCACACAUAGGGGCCCUCACUGCCUCUGGAGCCCACCCAUGAAUCCUAUCCCCGACCGCGGCAAAGAAUGCCUCCCCCCUAAGAAGAGGGAGUCCCGGCAAGGGUCGUUUGAACACCAUCUUCCUCCACCGGGAGAAUUUAAGCCCCCUGUGCCACUCCGGAGUUGGUCUAACGCAGGGCGAGGGGAGGGCAACAGGGAGGUCGGCGCCAGGCAGCGAGCUCUGACUACCCUGAGCCCCCAUCUACUCCACACACCUCCGCCCCUGCCGACUCCAAGCCCCCUAACCCUGCCAUGGCCUCUGAGCUACCCCUCAUCUGUGUCACUUCCUCUCUUUCAAGGGCAUGUUAUGGAGAGGAGAGGCUCUGGGUCGCCACUUCCUCACCACUCCAGGUGGCUUCGAGCAGAAGGGCCCCACUCGUCCCCGUCCUCCGCUUCCUCCUUUAAAACUCCUUUUCCAGCUGAUUCUCGAGAAAUGUGGUCCUACGUUAACAACGACCGAAGAGAUUACAGCUCCUCACUCUUCUCCCCAUCGUACUUGUUUGGUCAUACCUCUCUCUACCCUCAAGAGCCAAGUUUAGUUAAAACCAGGAGCAGAUACUUAGGGAAGAGGCCCAAUGGAUUGGAUGGGCAGGGCAACAGAACUGCCACUACCUCUGGGCCUUUCCUCACAGGAGAUUAUGGACACGAUUGCAGCAGAAUUAGUUUGGAUACAAGUCCACAAAGCUCCCAGACUAAUGGUGGACAAAGACAGCAGGAAGAUCUGACACCUGAAGCCCAAUCCAUGGGUUUGUUUUCCUCGGACUCUAAAGCUCAGGAGGGCCAUGAACCACAUUUCUCACUGCAGGACAAACAUCAGCAAGGAAUAGUGACCAGCCAUCAUGCUGUGGGACCAGACCCGUGGGUGUGUAGAGGAGGCUACCUGGAUGCCGCGGGCGCCCCAGGAACUGAAGCCCACAUCUAUUACUCCUUGGGAUCCGUUUUCCAGCCAAGCCCUCAGGCUCCCCAUUCCUACCCGCCCUACAGUCCCUCAGGAAUACCACUGUACAACCUGCAAGUAAAACCAGACCCAAAGACGCACAAUCCAAGAAACUUACCCCACUUGUCCGAGGGUCUGCUGAACAGCCAUGACUGGUCCCAAAGAGACCAUGACAGAGACCAAAACAAAGACCAAGAAAAGAGCAAGGAGCGAGGUAAAGAAAAGGAGAAGCACCUGAAACAUAACAGGGAUCAUGUUCACGCCUCUACCCCUGCUCUUCACUGGUCUCCCCCUGCGCUCCUACCUCACUUCACAAAGGGUUCGCUAAUUGAGCUGGCCAGUGGGCAGUUGAAACAGGUGGAGGAGCUGCGGACUGAAGACUUUCUAAGGAGCGCUGAUACGUCCCCAGAGCUCCACCUGAGCACCUGCACUGUGCUGCUCAUUUCCCCCAGCAGUGCACAGGGCAUCAGUCACCUGCAGGUCCAUCUCAAAGAACGCAACACUCAGGAGUUACUGAAAGUCUUGGUGGAGUAUCCAUUUUUUGUGCAGGACCACGGCUGGUCCUCUUGUUGCCCCCAGAGAACCGCAGAGCUCUAUGGCCUUUCCUGUCGUCAACUCACAGAGGGAGAUGUUUGCCUUGCUCUCACCCCGACACCCAAGCAACUCCACCGGACACAUUCGUCCAGAGUCCCACGCGCACACCCCCUGACCAGGGCUGCAGUGGGAGGACCUUGCAGUUGGCACAGGGAGAAGAUGCCGCCUCCUCCCCCUCCACCCCCUUUAACCCUACACCUGCCCACUAUAGGGCCAAAGAAUGCUCGGGCUGCAGAACCCCAGACUCAGGAGCCCACGCGCCCUCGGAAACGGCGCUGGUCAGCACCUGACGUUCUUCCCUCGACAGGAACCGACAAACGCCUCAUGGAUUUACCUCAAGGCUCCAAGCUGAUGAAGUGGCAGUAGAAACUUGCAGACGUGUGUACGCUCCACGGUUCUGUGGGGCCCACUACGGUCGCAGGGUUGCAAUAGAACAAAAAUCAAAAAUUACGGGUGUUCACUUUGCUGGCCUACGGCCUAAACUUGUCUACUUGUUGCACCUCUUUCCUUUUCUCUGCUUUCCUUUCCUUUCAUUUCCUCUUUCUUAAUCUUUUUUGCUUUCACUUCCUUCCCUUUUUCCUUUUUCUUUGCUUUCUUUUUUUUUUGCCUUUCCUUUCCCUUCGAUUUGCUUUCCUCUUUCCCUUACCUUUCCUGUCCUGAGCAGUGAAGGGCUGGAAUUAGUAUGACAAUCAAGCACUGGUGCGUGUUCACUGUCUUUAUGUAACACACACACACACACACAUACACACACACACACACACACACACACACACACACACACACACACACACACACACACACACACACACACACACACACACAUUCUUGUAUUUGUUACCUUCUUGAGACCUCUGAAAAAUACCUCCCUCUUUAGGACCACCUUUUCUAGAUAUAUAAAGAUUUGUAUUCACAACAGUAUGUCUUUAUUUACAUAUUUAUUUUAUUUGUUUUUAAUCAAUUUUGGCCAAAGUGGGUGCAAUUCAAUUCCUUACACACACUUGUUAUUUCAUAUGUUGUCCAGAGGGGAAGCACUUCAAAUUUGUACACACACUUGUUAUUUCAUAUGUUGACCAGAGGGGGAGCACUUUUAAAAGCGACACACAGUCAAUUUGAAAAAUCCCUCCUUUUUGGGGGCACCCUCAUUUUGAUAGAUUUCACCACCAGGGGGUGUAAAUGAUAUCUCUAUUUUUUGUUUUUUGUAAUGUGCUUAAGGCAAAUGACAAACGAGUCACGGACCACAGAUGUGCCGGACUUUUGGCAACCCACCUGUGGAAGCUAACUGUUAAUGGCCACCAUAGUCUUAGUACCGUAGUGCAUUUCUUCAUCCUAUGGUCUCAUAUGGGAGGCGGGUUGUCUUGCGACAGUACCGUAAGUCAUAAAAUCAGCUGUUCACCUGGCUGUUUUUUUCGGGGAUGAAUAGGGAGGUCCGUCUUUAGCUUUCGUCUCGUCUUAUCAUAUAAUGCUGCCUUUGCACCUGUCAAUGUUUACUUUUGUAUGCAAAUUAAAUCACAAAAAAAAUCCUAACUUUGGAGCAAUGUUCACAGACUCUAGUAUUUAUAUAUCGGGACCAUGAAUUAUGUCCUAACUUGUUCACCGGUCCUCAUAUGUUCGGAACUUUUCAUUGUUGACGUCUCAAGAAGGGUAGAAAUACAAGAACACACACACACACACACAAAUAACACACCCACACACCCGCACGCACACACAUUCUUGUAUUUCUUACAUUCUGGGGACUUCCGAAAAAUGCCUACCUCUUUAGGACCACCCUUCCCAGACAUCGUAGGAGACAAACCUGAACUUAUAAAAAAAAUCUAUUUAAAUGAUAUCACCUCAGAGUUAAGAUACACACAUAUGCAAUGAUUUUCCGUAUUGGGACCAUGAUUCCUGUCCUAACUUGUUCCCCGGUCCUCAUAUGGUCGGAACUGUUCCUUGUUGAUGUCUCAAGAAGGGUAGAAAUACAAGAACACACACACAAACACACACACACACACACACACACACACACACACACACACACAUUCUUGUAUUUCUUACAUUCUGGAGACUUCCGAAAAAUGCCUACCUCUUUAGGACCACCCUUCCCAGACAUCGUAGGAGACAACCCUGAACUUGGAAAAAAAAUCUAUUUAAAUGAUAUCACCUCAGAUUUGAGAUACACAGAGAUGCACUGGUUUUCGGUAUUGGGACCAUGAUUCCGGUCCUAACUUGUCCACCGGUCCUCAUAAGUUCGGAACUUUUCUUUUUGUCUCAAAAAGGGUAGAAAUACAAGAACACACACACACACACACACACACACACACACACACACACACACACACACACACACACACACACACACACACACACACACACACACACACACAAACACACACACACACACACACACACAUUUUUACCGACAGUGCGUUCUGCAGGGUUUGGAUUUUAAUCAGUCGUAAACGUAGUCUGAAGAAAAGUGGACUCAAUAUGUUACAUUUGUACAGAGAGUAUGCUAAACAGACGUCAUGCAUUUUGUUGGGUCUUCUUUGUUUCUUGCUUCUGAAUUUCUUGUCAGGCGAGACGAAUGUAAGCGUGCAGGCAGCUCCUCGCCGUUGUUAAUCUCCUCACCUUCAAGGAGCUUUUUGUCCAAGCAUUACUUUCCGAUAUGUUCUUAACAUUAUCUCUGAGAACGGGAGAACACUAAUGAAAAGCGCCCACGCGCACAGACGCGUUCUACGGUGCACUUCCAUAAAAAGCUGAAUGGUGGCGGCGAAGGUGAAGAGUAAUGGUGCUAAUGACACGUUGGAACAGGAAUGCUUUGUGCUUUUGUACUGUACUGUUGUAUUGUUGCGUACUGUAAACGUCUGAAAGCAGGGGACGUGAUGUAAGUAUAUAACUCCGAUACGGGUAAAACUCCUCUGAUUCAGCACUCUUUCACUUUAGUUUUUGGACGAAACGUACAUGUUCAUUAUUCCUUCUUAAUGUCAUAGCUGCAAAAUGUAUUUUUUUUAAAGAUGGUGAAACUGUUAUAUGAUGUUCGCUAGAAAUAAACGGAGAAGAAGAA